AUGCGAUCGCUCCUCUUCUCGCUCGCGACCCUGAUCGGCCUCGUGAGCCUCGCCGUCGACGGCCGCAUCACCGGCAUCGCCAUCCCCUCCACCAUCCGACCGGGCGAUGCCUUCAACGUCACGGUGUACAGCGAAAAUUUCAUACAGAGCGUCUUCGAUGUCGCCCUCACCUUUGGCUACGCAGCAGGCAAUGGCUAUCCCGGGAGCCUCGGGACCGUCAUCACAAGCGUUUGCCUCGGCAAGGAUCAGUCGAACCAACCUCGCGACUUCACUAAGCUCAUCACCAUGCCCACCGAUGCACCCCGGGGCAGGGCAGUCGUCAAGGCGAGCCUGACAAGCCUGAUCGGCGUCGUGUCCUCGCCGCAGCAGAUCAUGUUCAACGUCAGCGUCACCUUGGGCGACCGCACGAGCAAAACGUACGUCUCGAGCCGCUGGUGA